UAAAAAGAUUCAAUUGGCACACGACUCGGGUUAGUCAAGCCCGUGUGCAAGCGUGUCGUAACCGGUUGGUGUAGUACUUCCAUAGGCAUAACACACGAUUUWAUUUCUUCUUGAAGCGGCCUUGUCAAAAAUUGUACAUUUUACGCCAGAAAUGAAUACUGAAUUACUGAAAAAUAUGUCCCCUACGAAAGAAAGUCUUAAAAUGGAUUCCAAAAAGGCUAAAAAGCCCCAAAUGGAAAAGUUAAGAAGAGCAAGAAUCAACGAAAGUCUUAAUGAGCUUAAAUCUCUCGUUUUAGACGCUAUGAAGAAAGAUGUUUCAAGGUAUUCAAAAAUGGAGAAAGCCGAUAUACUCGAAAUGACUGUAAAAUACCUAAGAGAAAGUCGCGAUAAACACUCUAAAACGGCUUCGGACUCGUUAACGAUGGCCAAUUACCGAGCAGGAUUUAACGAAUGUGCAGCAGAAGUGGCCCGUUAUCUUAUGUCAUUAGAUAACGUAUCCGAUGAACUGAGAGCUCAUCUACUAUCUCAUCUGUCAUCCUACUACUCUUCGCAGGCACAGCCUAUGAAAUGGACAGGGCCACGCGCCAACGGUGUGGCUUACUCGCCUCAAAUGCUCAGAUUACCAACAAAACUAAACCAAACCGUUUCUACUUUUCCGAUUCCAACCGCAAAACCAACCACGGAAAUGAGUUUCUCGUCAACUUUACCAUCGCCCCCAUCUUCUCCACAACAGGAUGGUGGCUUAAUGAGACUCACAGGACCGUCCAAAGUGUUUCUUAGUAAUGGUAUGCCGGCUCUACUUGUCCCUAAUGAAGGUGUUCAGCUACUGCCGUUAUCAUGGCAAAAUCCGCAUUCUGUUUUUAGUGAUUCUUUCAAUUGGAGACCAUGCAUUUGGUAAAAUUGACUCGAGUGUUUUCGAUCACGAAAGUGGAACGAAAACGUGGUUUAGGGCAUUGCAAUGACCUUGAACAUGCAUCGCAGGCUAUGCAUAUAGACUGACAUGAAGCAACUCGUCCCUUGUUUUGACUGCAAAGAGGCAAUAAAUUGUAUUCCACGUGUAUUAGUUCCUGAAGCGCAUUUGCAACUCACAAACAAAUAUUCAAUAGCACGCUUUUUCACAAAUGCAGCUCUGAAUGUGCAUUUUUUCCUGUAAAUUUUAUAAAUGCAUGUAAAAUAGCAAAAAAAGAACAUGUGUUCUUAUUUGAAAUUUAAUAAAGGAUAUGUAUUAUUUGGUCAGAAAAUAAGCGUAACAUAACGAUAAGAAAAUACUAUUUUUUAUUUGUAUAUAUUUGUUAGGAUAAACUAUUUUGCCGAAUGUAUAUUCCAAAUUGUAAAUAAACAACUAAUGUUUUCAAACAAAGAAUGUUCAUUGUCC